AUGAAGUCCAAGCUUCUAGGAGCAAUGAUUUUUGCCGCUUCUGCGAUGGCAGCAGCAACGGCGACAGAGUCUGAACAAGAUUCCUCUCUCCAAAAGAGAGCGUUCUACGAGGACGGCUACAAGAUCUUUAUCCGCAAACGAAAUGCCCACGCCUGCAUGAUGUCCAUCGCCUUCAUCGUCCUGUUCCCGCUGGGUGCCAUUUCCCUUCAUCUCCCACUGCGAGGUGUUCGCGUGGUCAAGUUCAUCCACGCGCCGAUUCAGAUCCUGGGAUUGGCGGUAAUGAUUGGCGCAAUGGGGCUGGGUAUCGACAUUGCAGAUGUUGAUCUGAACUAUUUCUCCAGCAGCACCUCUACCAAGGCCCACGUCGUGAUUGGGCUCCUCGCGACAUCGGCGCUGAUCCUCUUUCAGCCCGCACUGGGGCUGUUGCAGCAUCGUUAUUUCAAGAAGACAGGCAAGAAGAGCAUGUUCGCCUACAUCCACCGGUGGCUCGGCCGCAUCGCAAUCUGUCUAGGCUGGAUCAAUUCCGGCUUGGGUUUCCAGCUGGUGCCCAUCUCGUUAGUCGCCACUCACUCUCUGGUACGAAACUUUGUGAUCAUGGGAGUCUUGGGAGGGAUUUGGUUCUUCCUGAUCGGGUGGGAUGGAUACCGACACCACUGGGUGAAGAAGAACAAGAUGUCUGCGUAUCGGCUCGGCUGGGAUAAGGGCGUGGUGCUUCGACGUCAGCAGGCGGAGGAAGAGGGCAUCAAGGAGGCAGGCAAUUCCGAGGAUCAAGUUGCUCACAGAUGA